AAAAAGAAGGUUAGGGUGAGUGGCGGCGAGUGGGAGAGGUGACUAGACUCCAACCCAACCCACAGCAUGCCAAUCCAUUAAUAAUAUGAAUCGAACAAAAAAUAAAUAACAUAACCCUCUUUCAUGCUUCUGAGUUUUGAUGAUCUAGCUACGCCAACCUUCAACCGAGUUAUAACCCUCUCACACCCUUUUCAAUCCUUGCUCUUCCGUUCCUGGUGGUGACGAUGUCGACUCCGUCUAGGAAGAGGCUGAUGAGAGAUUUCAAGAGGCUGCAGCAAGACCCACCUGCAGGAAUCAGUGGUGCCCCCCAGGAUAACAAUAUAAUGCUGUGGAAUGCCGUUAUAUUUGGUCCUGAUGAUACUCCAUGGGACGGAGGCACGUUUAAGUUGACUCUCCAAUUCAGUGAGGAUUAUCCAAAUAAACCACCAACUGUACGAUUUGUGUCUCGAAUGUUUCAUCCAAACAUUUAUGCUGAUGGAAGUAUUUGUUUGGAUAUAUUACAAAAUCAGUGGAGUCCAAUAUAUGAUGUAGCUGCUAUACUCACAUCUAUCCAGGUAUAUAUUUCUAGUCAGUGA